AUGUGGCUGUUUAUUGCAAUCCUGUUUUUGAUACAAGCACCCGUGAACUCAGAAGAUGCCAUCGAGCAGAAAAAGUCUACAAAUCCCAAGAUUUUCAUGAAUGUUAGCGAAAUGAUCUGCCACAGAGGGUACCCCAGUGAGGAGUAUGAAGUCCUGACUCAUGGCAGCUACUACAUCAGCCUGACCAGAAUUCCUCAUGGGAGAGAAAAUCUUAGGAACAGAGGGGCCAAGCCGGUCGUGUUUCUCCAGCACAGGCUACUUGGAGAAGGCAGCCACUGGGUGGAAAAUCUGGCUAACAACAGCCCUGGCUUCAUACUAGCAGACUCUGGCUACGAUGUCUGGCUGGGAAACAGCCAGGAGACAAGCUGGUCCUGGAGACAUCAGCACCUUCUUGACCAGGAUGAAUUCUGGGAUUUCAGCUUUCAUGAAAUGGCAAUGCACGACCUCCCAGCCACGAUCGACUUUGUUCUGCAGAAGACCGGGCAGAAGCAGAUCUAUUUCGUUGGCUACUCCCAGGGCUGCACGAUCAGUGUGUUAGAAGAGGAGUGA